AUAAUUUUGACAUUCUCAUUCAACUAUCCUAUCCUCCUACAGCGGCUCCUUUCUGGAAAACUCUCUGAGAUCUUUCGCAACUCAAGCUCAAGUGCUCCAUUAUUUCUCGAUUGAUCUUCUGAUUCUUGCCAAUAGAGAAGAUCAGAAGACCAGAAGAAGCCUGCCGCAACUCAAUCUCAUUAUACAGGCCGAAACCCACAAGGCCACACAAUCAAUUAGAACUCAAGCUAGGCUGCCAGAGACGACGCCGUAGCCAGUUCCUCAAGCUAGGCCGUAACUAGGAGAUUUAUGCUUUAUUGUGAGGUCAUUAGCGGAAUUAACAGGGAUUAAAUUAUGGGAAUCAAACAGGGUGCGGUUGUCAUGGACAGCUCUGAUGAUGAAAGGAACGGUGUAAUAGUGAAUCACCUAACAAAAGAGCCUUGUCGUAGUUCAGCACUCAACAGUACCAAGUUCAUAGAUGAAGUACUCAGUGGUCACAAUGAACUUUGUCGUGAGAAUUUUCGUAUGGAUAAACAUGUCUUUUAUAAGUUGUGUGAUGUUUUACAAGCUAAAGGUUUGCUACGUCAUACAACUAGAAUCAAGAUUGAGGAGCAGUUAGGAAUAUUCUUAUUCAUAAUUGGCCACAAUCAACGGACUCGAGCAGUUCAAGAACGGUUUCGAUAUUCUGGUGAAACCAUUAGUCGACAUUUUAACAAUGUUUUGAAUGCACUUAUGCAGAUUUCUAUAGAUUUCUUUGAGAAUCCAAUCUCUAAUAUCCCUCCAGAAAUCCUAAAUGAUCCCAGAUUUUAUCCAUAUUUCAAGGAUUGUGUGGGAACAGUAAACGGAAUUCACAUACCAGUGAUGGUUGGUGUUGAUGAGCAAGGUCCAUUUCGCAACAAGAAUGGUUAUCUUUCACAAAAUGUCCUGGCAGGCUGCUCAUUUGAUUUGAGGUUUCAUUAUGUUCUUGCUGGCUGGGAAGGUUCAGCAUCAGAUGCCCGUGUACUGAGUUCAGCACUUACUAGACGUAACAACCUUUGUGUCCCUGAAGGUAAAUACUACCUUGUCAACCCGAAGUACCCUAAUAUGCAAGGUUUCAUUGCCCCAUAUCAUGGUGUUCGUUACCCACUGAAUGAAUUUCCAAGUGGGUUUGGUCCACAAGAUGCGAAAGAGCUAUUUAAUCAUCGGCUUUCAUUAUUACAAAGUACCACUGAACGCAUCUUCAGGGUCUUAAAAGAGAGAUUCCCUAUUUUGCUUUCGGUGCCUCCCUACCCAUUACAGACACAGGUGAAGCUGGUAAUAGCUGCAUGUGCAAUACAUAAUUAUAUCCAAAAGGAAAAAAGGGAUGAUUGGCUAUUGAAAUUGCAUGAGGAAGAGGGUGAGCUACAUGUUGAAGAACCAAUGAUGCAGGUUGAGAUGGAACCAUUGACAUCAACUGAAUCACCAGCAGUAGAUAUUGCUUGCGAUGAGGAACAAUUAGAGAUGGCUUCACAAUUGCGGGAUUCUAUUGCAGCUGAAUUGUGGAAUGACUAUAUGCUUGAUUUAACAAGCACGUAGUUUAUUACUUUAUUUGCUGCCAUGUCACUAAUCAAGUGUUUUUUUAAGGUUGUCGUCAGACUAUCUGCAUCCUAGUUUUGACACUGUACAAAAGGAACUCCGGUUAAUAGUAAUUCCCUACUAUAUAUUAAACAAAUUGUGACUGUAGUUAGAAGCUUUUUAUUUCAUGAGUUGUGUACUUCAUGCCAAAGAUGGUUAAUACCAACUUUACUUAUUUUUUUAUAGGAAGUGUACCAAGACCUGGCUACAACCAUGAAAUUUAACAUGUUACUAUGUAAGAAGAAA